AUGGAUUCAAAGGACGCUCAAGCGGAGCGCUUGAAGAGAAUGCAGAUGACUAAAUGCUCUCAAAAGGCUGAUUUGGGUAUACACCGUCGAGAUUACAUUUCAGCUCGAGACGAUCGCAAGAAUAUCCCACACGUUCGAAUGGAGGAUCUCGAGGCCGCUCGACAGUCAAACAUUCCUGGAACAACUGCCCAUGGGGAGGCACAGCGGAAUAAGAGAAUUCUCAGUGAAUGGACAAGUACUUAUCGACGAAGGGCUUUUAAAGUCGACACAUUGACUGACUUGAUUUCUAGGCUUGCAUAG